UGCGUUUUCGUAUCCUUCGGGCUUUGCUUGGUCGAGUCUUUUCCUCUUCGUGAAAUUGAGUUAUUUGUUUUCCCUGUUCUCUUCAGUCACGCAGAGUUUCUAGUGAGCUGCUCAGGUUUGUACUGGAGGCUUUGCUUGUUUGGAUAACCAUGAGUGGAAGAUCGUCCAAUUCGAAUGAAGAUUCGGCGGGUCGAGCCAAGAAGAAAGGUGGCGGGUUUUUGGCGAGGCAAUCGAAGGCGAAAAAGACAAUAACUGAAGAAGAACUACUGAAAAAGGACGCCGUUACGCCGGACGACGUCUUGAAGUUGGAAAAAUGCACAGAAAAUUACCUCUGUGAACCUGGUGCAAAUGUAUACAGCAUCGACUUCACGCGCUUCAAAAUCCGCGAUAUGGAGACAGGGACAGUGCUUUUUGAGAUAGCUAAACCUGAUAACAUCGACGAAGAAAUUCUCGACAACGACGACGAUCCAAACGCCGGACGAUUUGUAAGAUACAAAUUCACACCGGAGUUUUUGAAAUUAAAAACAGUAGGAGCGACUGUUGAAUUCACUGUAGGCGACAAGGCAGUCAACAAUUUUCGGAUGAUAGAGCGCCAUUAUUUCAGAGAUCGAUUGCUAAAAAACUUCGAUUUCGAGUUUGGAUUUUGUAUUCCAAAUAGCAAGAACACAUGCGAACAUAUCUACGAAUUUCCAGCCUUACAUAUUGAUGAAGUGCAAGAAAUGAUUGAUCAUCCAUUUGAAACAAAGUCAGAUAGCUUUUACUUUGUGGACAACAAACUCAUCAUGCACAAUAAAGCAGAUUAUGCAUACGAUGGAUAGCGUUUUCAAGCAAUAUCACAUCAGAAUUAGUGCUUGGAUGUGUACAGUGACUUGUAUAAACAUUCAUCAAAGACAAAUCAAAAGCUCUCUUAGGAUUUAAUAUCAACUCUUGGUUCCAUGGCCAACAUCAAUCAACAUCAAAACUCUCAUUACUUUUCCACACAUUUUGUAGAAAUUCUCUGUGGGAGAAUUUGGUGUUGGGCCAUGUCUUCCCCUCAUUAGACGGUUUGAUCAGGGCUUUUACUCUCAUUACCUGCUCUCUUGAAUUGUUUUGAAAUUGUAAAGAGAAGUAAAGAAUUGAUUGUUACUGUAAAUUUUGCAGUUAACUAGAACAGGUGUAGCUUGUAUUACUUGCUAUGUUAUAUAUUAUUUCACAAUUUAUUCAAUCAAAACAAACAAAAUGUUUUGGGAGGUGUAAUUUGCCAUCAGGAAUAAUUCCAUUUUUGUAAAAAACAAUCCAAUCCUCUGUGCUGGCAUUGCAUGUUUGUAAAACAAGCAACUAUAGUUGAUCUAGGGCAUAUUAAGUCAAAUCCGCAAAAUUUGACUUAUGUUUAAGCAGCUUGAAGAUACGUUUUGUAUAAUCCCUCAAUGUUAACCAAGUGAGCCUGUAUUGUGAACAUAAGCCAAGAAAAAUACAUUGUUGGAUUGAAAA